UCGGAAAAUCUCGAGGGCGAGGCUUUAACCUCAAUAUGGCCAGCUCCCCUGGCUAGCAGGAAUGGAGCCAAGGUCCCAGGGCUGGCCUUCUUUCCUGGAACGCGGCUGCCUGGUUGGGAGGCAUUUCCCUCUCGACAGCUCUGAGACGGCAGUACUGGAGGUGGCUGCUGGGCCCUACGAGGAGGCGGUCUCACGCAGCUCCUAUGAGGCCCCUGCCGCCGGUCGGCGAUGUCCGCCUGGAGCUCUCGCCUUCGCCGCCGAUCCCGCUGCCGGCUUUGAGCGGGUCUCCGGCCGAUUCGUCCGGGCAUCUCAUGGCCGCUAGCAGAUCCCUGGUGCCAGACCGGCUGCGCCUGCCGCUCUGCUUCUUGGGUGUCUUUGUCUGUUAUUUCUACUAUGGGAUCCUGCAGGAGAAGAUAACAAGAGGAAAAUAUGGGGAAGGAGCCAAACAGGAGAAAUUCACCUUUGCCUUAACUUUGGUGUUCAUCCAGUGUGUGAUCAAUGCUGUGUUUGCCAAGAUCUUGAUCCAGUUUUUUGACACUGCCAGGGUGGAUCGUACUCGGACCUGGCUCUAUGCUGCCUGCUCUGUCUCCUAUGUGGGUGCCAUGGUCUCCAGCAACUCAGCACUACAGUUUGUCAACUACCCAACUCAGGUCCUUGGUAAAUCCUGCAAGCCAAUCCCAGUCAUGCUCCUUGGGGUGACCCUCUUGAAGAAGAAGUACCCACUAGCCAAGUACCUGUGUGUAUUGCUGAUUGUGGCUGGAGUGGCUCUUUUCAUGUACAAACCCAAGAAAGUCGUUGGGAUAGAAGAACACACAGUCGGCUUUGGAGAGCUGCUUUUGCUCUUGUCUCUAACCCUGGAUGGACUGACAGGUGUUUCCCAGGAUCACAUGCGGGCUCAUUACCAAACAGGCUCCAACAACAUGAUGUUGAAUAUCAACCUUUGGUCCACAUUGCUGCUGGGAGCUGGAAUCUUGUUCACUGGGGAGCUCUGGGAAUUCUUGAGCUUCGCUGAAAGGUACCCGACCAUCAUCUAUAGCAUCCUGUUGUUUGGCCUGACCAGUGCCCUGGGUCAGAGCUUCAUCUUCAUGACAGUUGUAUAUUUUGGGCCCCUGACCUGCUCCAUCAUCACCACAACACGGAAAUUCUUCACCAUUUUGGCCUCUGUAAUCCUUUUUGCCAACCCCAUCAGCUCCAUGCAGUGGGUGGGCACCGUGCUGGUGUUUCUGGGUCUUGGUCUUGAUGCCAAGUUUGGGAAAGGAACAAAGAAGACAUCCCACUAGGGAGAGAGAGACUUCCUCCACUCCAAGAACACUUAAGUUAUUAUCUCUGACACUGACAUCUUGAGGACAUGAACUCAAUCUCAAUGAGGGAUUGGGUUCCAAUCUUUUGAAAAAAAAAAAAAAAAAAAAAAACCUCAAAGGAAGCAAGAUCGCAUAUUCUAAACAAAGCACUUGGAUUUUUAACAAGACAAGUUGGUAAUUUCUGUUUUUGCACAGUCUAGCACAAAUAAAGAGAAGAAAGGCAAGCU